CCACAUCAGCAAUGCCACGUCAGCAGUGCCAUGUCAACAACAGUGCCAUGUUAGCAGUGCCACGUCAGCAACAGUGCCACGUCAGCAGUGCCAUGUCAGCAGUGCCCCGCCACCAUGACGGGCGCAGCUCUGGGCAUGCCAGGCCAACUGGCCAACGAGUCUCUUGCCGACUACAAACAGCGGUUCCAGACUCAACUCGCACUGAUCGAGGCUGAGGAACAGCGCCAGCUGGCAGCCGAGGCUGUCCGCCUACAAGCUGAAGCAGCGGCAACAACUGAGAAGCAGCGGAUUCAGGCCGAGGCUGAAGCAGACACCCAGGCACGCCGCAAGGAAGCCCAGGAACUGCUACAGCGGCAUGAAGCCACCAACGUUGAAAGGCUCAAGUAUUGGCACUUUGAACCAUCCGAGGAGCACGAUGACGCGACACCAGAGGAACAGCACAGGGAAUUCAUGGCCAAACUCGUGACUCGGUUGGUCUACACUUGUAACCACCUGAAGUCCGAGCUGGCGAAUAUGCAGCGGGCUAUGCGGAACCACAAGGCUCAGCAAGAGGAUGCAGCACGAGCACUUGAUUCCCGUAUGGAGCACUUGGAGCAAGUUGCACCAAGACCGGAGGCUGCAACACGUGACUGGCUCACGGAAUGGCAGAAGAUCGCGGCAACGCCCGAUCUUGACUUACCAUUUUCGCAUCUGCGCCGCGAGUUCUACAACAGGUCAGGUGCUGCAUUGAGCCUUGCACUUGGUGAUCGCGAGCAAUAUGCAACCUUCGCUGAAAUCAUUGACAAGGCGAGGGAGAUCAUCAAGACAAACAGGGCGGCUGCACAAGAGAAGUCAACGUGGCAGCCAACCUAUGUGGAGAAGGUGAAAACUGGUCUGCGACCGCAACAGUUCGCUGCAGUCCAAUCGGACAACAUUGUGGAAGACCCGACAACCACCCAAGCGUUACGUGAGGGAGAUCAGGUGGCUGCUGUCCAGCCGCGAAGCAACAACCAGUCCCGAGGAAACGGGAAGGCGAAAACCGCAUCAUCGGCCGGAAACGGACAGCUACACCAAGCACAAGACCUCCCUCUGCCAGGAUCGGGGCAAGGAGGAUGUUCGGCCUCGUAUCAACUCGGGAAACUGAGUUUCGCGGGAGGUGAGGCCACUCCACCUCCCACUCCGCCAGAUUCGGCCGCCUUGCUAGCGGCCUCCUACACACCUGGGGAGGAUGCGAAUGUCGUAAGUCCUCGGUUCACUUACGAGGAUUAUGUUGUCCACUUGGUCCCACUGUUGGACCAACCGCUCCACGUGCAACAAUCUACCGCAUGCACGGUUUCAUCACCAUCGGCAACCGACUCGGCAGCUUCGCCACCAUCUACCGUCGGGGAUUCAACGUCAUGGUCAAGACUUGAAGAGCUCGACCCGUUGACAUUUGCGGACUUCCAAUGGAUGCCCCUUCCCUGGUCUGGUCGAUUGCCGAAACCGCAUUGCAACGUGCUCAUGGCACAAUUGCGGGAUUACUUGCACACUGCAGUACCAACUCCGUUGAUGGACGUCGGAGUAGAGGUUGUCGACCUUCAAGCCUACAUUGCGAAGAUCGACCGCGAGUUCAAGACACAACGGUACGACGACAUCGACGCACCAUUGUUAUAUGUACGCAUUCAGAUCGGAGAGGCGACCUGCAGCGCUUUGAUCGAUUGCGGAGCAUCUUGCAAUUACAUGAGCCAGGACUUUAUGGUGCGCGCCGGCCUUGGCCCACGCGUCCAGAGGAAGUCCCAGCCGACGCAAGUCACGUUGGCGGACGGUCACACGCACAAGUUAAUAGAUCGGUGCAUUGACGACGUCCUCGUGUACUUUGCCCCGCAUGCAAGCGAGGCGGUGUCCUUCGAUAUUUUGGACACCAAAUUCGACAUGAUCUUGGGCCUGUCAUGGCUGCGAAGCGAGGAUCACCCGGUGAACUUCUACCGCCGCACCGUUCACGUUCGUGAUCGGAACGGAGUACUAGUCCCAUGCACGGUAGGUCCUCCUCACCCUUCGAUCAACUGCCACGUGGUGUCCGCCACAAGCAUGCGAGCUUCCAUCAUUAGAGACAACAUCGAGGAGAUGGGGGUGUGUUUUCUCCAUGCCCUCCCGCCCCAUGACGCUUCAUCGAUGGAUUCAUCUUCGGACCCACGCAUCACUGAGCUUCUCGACGCCUACGACGACGUGUUCGAAGGCCCGCACGGAGUAGUACCGGAUCGGCCCAUCUGCCACGAGAUCAUCCUCGAGGACGGGGCCGUACCUCCGUGCGGUUGCAUCUAUCGAACGAGCGAGGAGGAGUUAAGUGUGCUACGGGCACAACUCGACGACCUUCUGGAGAAAGGCUGGAUUCGGCCUAGCUCAUCGCCAUACGGUGCUCCUGUUCUCUUCGUCCGGAAGAAGAACAAGGAUUUGUGGUUGUGCAUCUAUUAUCGCAAGCUAAACACGCAAACGAUCAGAAACGUCGGCCCUCUUCCACGCAUCGACGACCUUCUCGAACGGCUGGGCGGCGCCAAGUUCUUCUCCAAGUUGGACCUUAAGUCGGGAUAUCACCAACUCGAGAUUCGGAAGGAGGACCGCUACAAGACCACGUUUAAGAUGCGAUAUGGGCAUUUCGAAUGGCUGGUUAUGCCGUUUGGCCUUACGAAUGCCCCGACCACUUUCCAAGCGGCUAUGACMACRGAGUUCCGACACAUGCUGGAUCGAUUCGUACUUAUCUACCUCGACGACAUCCUGGUGUACAGUCGGAGUUUGGACGAGCAUGUGGAACACCUGCGCACCGUUUUGGAGCGGCUGCGACAAGCCAAAUACAAAGCCAACCGCGGCAAAUGCGAAUUCGCGCGGCCGGAGAUGGAGUACUUGGGACAUUAUGUGACGCCGCAAGGCCUCCGCGAGUCCGGCACGAAGAUGAAACCAAGUUCGGCUCGACAUCCACAGACGGACGGGCAGACGGAGCGGGCACAUCAAACCGCUCAAAUGAUGCUUCGUACGCUCAUCCGUCCGGACCAGAAAGAUUGGGUUGACCGCCUCCCCGACAUCGAGUUCGCCUACAACACUUCGGUGCACCCGGCGAUCGGCGUGACUCCAUUCGAGUUGCACCACGGUGGACGGAAAGGCCAUAUCUUCGCCGACCUUCUCCUCCCACGACCAGCCGACAUUGACGCCGCUUGCUCUCCCGCUUCCGUCCGGAAGUACAGGGAAUGGCUGGCCCAAGCCCGCGCGAACAUGCAAAAGGCUCAAGUCCGCGUGCAGCAGCAAGCCAACAGGCGUCGCGUGCCAUGUCCCAUCCGCGCCAAUGAUCUGGUUUGGGUCUCCGCGGAAGAGUUUGCACUAGAACAGGAUGUUUCAUGCAAACUGCUUCCCAAGUGGUUUGGACCAUGGCCCGUAAUAUCAGCCGCGGGUGAUGAGCCCGAUGGCCCUUCAUUUGUGAUCAACAUCCCGACACAUCUGACGGUCCAUCCAAUCUUUCACGCCUCGAAGCUGGCAACAUAUACACCAGCUAAGAGCGACGACUUUCCGGGUCGACGAUCGCAGGACCCUCCAUCUAUGGAUGGUCAUCAGGAGGUUAACCGCGUCAUCACGGAUCGCAAGUAUGGCAGCAAGCCUUGCCAGUACAAGGUUACAUUCAGAGCAUGCGAUCCCGACGGCACUCGGUGGAUUUCAGGAACAGAUUUGAAAGCAUCCGCACCGCUGAUCUACGCUCACUAUGAGCGACAAAGGAUAGCUCAGAGAACUUCACGACCUGCCCCUCCCACCGGGACUGUGGUCCCUCCCUCAGACAGACAGCUUCGCCCUCGCAGAAUUACGCCCGAGGUCAAUUGCAAUUUGGGAGUGAUGAGUGGUGCCGUCCUGUUCAUAAAGGAUGAAUUGAAGCUCAACAGGGCAAGGGAAGAGAUUCUUGUAGGGUCAUUAAACAUGGUGGCUGUUGUUGGCGCACUCGUCUCUGGAAUUUUAUCAGAUGCGAUAGGGCGGCGGCGAACCAUGGUUGCAGCAUCAAUUUCGUUUCUUUCUGGUGCAGUAAUGAUGAGCGCUGCGCAGUCAUUCGCUAUGCUUCUUGUUGGGCGCACCAUCACUGGUAUAGGGGCCGGUGUUGGCCUCCUCAUAGCACCAUUGUAUACGGCUGAAUUAUCACCUCCAAGGCUACGCGGUUCGUUAGUUUCGGUGAACGAAGUCUCAAUCAACGUUGGCAUCUUGCUCGGAUAUGUAUCAAGCUACGUGUUCUCCUCAAUGGCAAUAGACACAGGCUGGAGAUGGAUGCUGGGAAUAGCUGCGGCGCCUGCCUUUGCACUUGGGUGCGGGGCACUUGUUUUGCCAGAGUCGCCAAGAUGGCUUGUAAUGCGGCGCCGGAUCAAUGAGGCCGAGGAGAUCUUAGCAAAGAUAUCCAGAGAUGGCAAGGAUGCAGAGGCCAGAUUGAAGGACAUACAGGAAAACCUAGGAUUAGGAUCAUUGGGUCAGGUGACGACAGCAGGAAGAUCAUCGAGGAUCGCCAGCGCAUGGCAGGAGAUCUUAAGGCCAAGUGGGCCAGUUCGCAAGAUGCUUUUGCUUGUCUUGGGAACAAACUUCUUCCAAAUGGCAUGCGGUAUUGAUGCUGUUGUUUACUAUACUCCCACAGUGUUUGCUCAAGCGGGGGUAGAUCCUAACAAGAAUGGUCUGCUUGCAGCUACAGUCCUUGUUGGUGGACUGAAGACCAUUUUUAUUGGCCUUGCGGUUCUAUACCUUGACAGGUGUGGCCGUCGGCCGAUGAUGCUGGUGAGUGCAAUAGGAGUUACCUGCUGUCUGAUCAUUGAAGGAGUAGCCUUUCUUACCCUCGACAAAAUCGCUGCCCCGAGAGACAACACGCUGCCCCUGCCCCCCACUGAGUAUCAUAGUGGGCUGCGAUUUGCGGCUGCGGUUGCGGUAGCAGGUAUCUGUGCUUUUGUGUCAUUUUUCAGUAUUGGCCUUGGGCCAAUCACCUGGGUUCUUACUUCGGAGGUUUUUCCGCUUCGCUUGAGGGCGCAAGCAAUGGUGCUUGGCGUUAUCGUCAACCGCAUCGUGAGUGGAGUGGUGGCGAUGACUUUCUUAAGCUUGAACAAUGCCAUAACGCCGGCGGGAACAUUCUUUGGAUAUGCUAUUUUGAGUUUCCUUGGCACCCUUUUCUUCUUUUUUUUGCUUCCGGAGACCAAAGGCGUAUCCCUAGAGCUUAUAGGGACACUGUUUGGCGAUGUCUAUCCCUUUGGCCAGAACAGUCUUGGUGGGUUGGAUCAGGGCUCAGGACGAAGUUUGAGGGUGGACGAUCCUUUGGUGGGAGAAGGCAGAGGAUGGAACAAUGGUCGGUCCACGGGGUUACCACCUGCGCACCCUUUGCCAACCCCUGCUCUUGCCGUUCACAGCGGGGGAAGUGUAGUGAGUGGAAGUGUGUUGAGCGCAAGUGUAUUAAAUGGUUCCCAGGACUACGACAUCUCACUGAAUGUGUGGAUGGCUGCUGAGAACAGAGAAGAUGGUGAGGGUGAGGGUGAGGGAGCUGGCAUUAGCCAAGCUUGCACAGAUGUCCCUGGUCGCCCACUUUUGCCACUGGAGAUUCCCAGAAGCGCAGAGCUUUCCGCUCAGAAACAUUGAUUGAUGUAUAGCAUGUUUCCGUUAACCUACUUUUGUGAUCCAUUUGCUUCUCACCUGCUGUUGAAAUUGAAAUUGGACACGGCCAUCUUUGGCAGGCUGUGGUCAUGCCAAAGGAUUCUCUCGACUUUCCAGCUUCGUGAACGCCAUCGCCUUCAGUUGUUUUUCUUUAGCGUCUUAGUUGUUUGCAUUCUUCCUUUGCUGCUCCCUUGCCCCUUUGUUUAUGCUCUUGGUAGGCGGACUUGCAAUGCAUAUCAGCAGCAAAACUCGAACUGGACACAGUAGUUUCACAACGCUGCCUUCAUGCUUCGGUGCUGCUGUCUUAACCAGCCAUCAUCUUGCCAUCAUUCUCCUGGCAGUCUGCUGCUCCGACUGCUUACCCCAGGCGGGUAUUGCUUGUUCUUCCACCUCUCCUGAGUUACAGGAAGUUAUGAACAUGUCUCAAUUCUUGUUCACAUUCUUUGGUAGAUGCACCAGCAGUGCAGUUAGCUGGAGGUUGUUAGCCCUCUUCUAGUGUCCUUGGAAGGGCAUCUAUCGGUUCUCAAAGCCGAGUCUUCCUCGUUGUAUUUGCAAGUCAACGAAUACUCUCCUCCCAUGUAUAAGUGGACCUCUCCCUUCUCUCUGUAUCUGAGUUCUGUAAAUGGGAUAAAGUUUCCUGGAUCAA